GACCGGAGGGGGUGGCGGCGGGACGGUUCACUUGGUUCCGCUGCCCGACGGCUGUAGUGAGUUCUCCGCUCCUGCCGGGGGCUGCUCACGCCAAGGACCUGCCUCUGUAGUCUCUUUUUCCGCUGCCCAGCGUCCCUGGCAAGAACAUCCCCCAAGAUGGCAGAGGAGAGCAGCAGGACCAGGGACUGCACAUCCUUCAGCGUGCUCAGCUGGGAUCAGGUCAGUCGGCUGCAUGAGGUCCUGACCGAGGUCGUACCCAUCCACGGACGAGGCAACUUUCCAACCCUGGAGAUAACUCUGAAGGAUAUUGUCCAGACCGUCCGCAGCCAGCUGGAGGAGGCAGGCAUCAAAGUGCAGGACGUCCGGCUGAAUGGCUCUGCAGCUGGCCACGUCUUGGUGAAAGACAAUGGCUUGGGUUGCAAAGACCUGGACCUAAUCUUUCAUGUGGCUCUUCCCACAGAGGCAGAAUUUCAACUGGUCAGAGAUGUGGUUCUGUGCUCCCUUCUCAACUUCCUGCCGGAGGGUGUGAAUAAGCUCAAAAUCAGUCCAGUCACUCUGAAAGAGGCUUAUGUCCAGAAGCUGGUGAAGGUCUGCACAGACACUGACCGCUGGAGCCUGAUUUCCCUCUCCAACAAGAACGGGAGGAACGUGGAGCUGAAGUUUGUUGACUCCAUCCGGCGUCAGUUUGAGUUCAGUGUGGACUCCUUUCAAAUCAUCCUGGAUUCUUUGCUCUUUUUCUAUGACUGCUCCAGCAGCACCAUCUCUGAGCAUCUCCACCCCACAGUGAUUGGGGAGAGCGUGUACGGGGACUUCGAGGAGGCCUUUGACCAUCUGCAGAACAGGCUGAUUGCCACCAAGAACCCCGAAGAGAUUCGGGGCGGGGGACUGCUUAAGUACAGCAACCUCCUCGUGCGGGACUUCAGGCCCACAGACCAGGAAGAAAUCAAAACCCUAGAGCGUUACAUGUGCUCCAGGUUUUUCAUCGACUUCCCGGACAUUCUUGAACAGCAAAGGAAGUUGGAGACCUACCUUCAAAACCACUUCGCCGAAGAAGAAAGGAGCAAGUACGACUACCUCAUGACCCUCCGCAGGGUGGUGAACGAGAGCACCGUGUGCCUCAUGGGGCACGAACGGAGGCAGACCCUGAACCUCAUCUCCCUCCUGGCCUUGCGUGUGCUGGCAGAACAAAACAUCAUCCCCAAUGCCACCAACGUCACCUGUUACUACCAGCCAGCUCCUUAUGUCAGUGACGGCAACUUCAACAACUACUACAUUGCCCAUCCUCCAGUCACCUAUAGCCAGCCAUACCCUACCUGGCUGCCCUGUAACUAACCUUGAGACCUGAGGGUUUCCAUAGUGGGAACCCCAAUAGGGCAAGGGCUCUCACAUAGGGGAGCCUCCUUCUAGAUGUAGGUGUUUGGCUUUUAAAGGGGAACUCAGCUCUGAUUCUGCUUUUUUUUUUCUUUGUGUACCCAUUGGAAUGGGUCAACACUUUAUCAUGAGCCAACCUGAAGGGGGGACCCAUUGUUCCAGUGCCACUUUGGGAAAGGCUGCAGGAAGUAGGACCUAGCCACAUCUUUCAAAGACAGACACUAACACGUCACGUCCCAAACAUCAGCACAGGGGCACCUGAGCUCAGUGCAUAACUGAUAUUGGAAGAACGCUUGAGCAGCGGACGUGCCCCUUUGACCUACAUGCCUUGUCACACGAGCCUAGAGCAGGCCAGGGUGGCCUUCACUUGGGGUUCUCAGCAGUUCUGUGGAAGUUGUGCUGGUAGUCUGUUUUCUUGGAUGAAUUUUAGCGUGGCAGAAAAUGAUAAAUAUGAGAGUGCUCUCGUGACUUAAUUUUUGUUCAGGGGACUAAAUUGCUUAUAUGUUUGUUCCCUGUCAGCAGAGCUGAGAAUUUCUCUCAUCAGUAAACCAAAGCCAGAGGCUGGAGAACUGAGAUCUGGUUGGCAGUGGUUCAUGGUUUAGAUGCUGUGCUAUCACGAGGAAUUAUGAAAUAUUGCUGAGAAAAAAAAUGACCUUUUCUUGAAAUGUAACUUAAAAACAAAAUAAAAUGUGCAACAUAAUGUUAAAGUAGAAUUGUAGUGGUGGUGGUAGGGUGAUUGUAAAUAGGAAACAUGAAUGUCCAAUUUUUUUUCCAUUAAGGAAUUCUUAUUGAGUGAUACUUUUUUCUCUCUCUCUCAUCAACUCAUCACUUUCAUUUUGCUCUGCCUGAGACUAAGGAUUGUGCAGAGUCUAGAGUCAUUGUAGUAACUGACAGGAGGGUCUUCCCGUGUUUUAAUUGGAAACCCAUUUUGGUCACAUUCCAAGUAUGACAAGCUGGUUUUCUGGAUACUUUGGCUGAGUUUUUUUGUUUUUGCUUUUUCAAAAAUAGUGAUUUCCUUCUCAAGGUUGUUUUUUGUUUUGACAGCAAAUGAAUCCAGGAAUUUCAAUAGACCUGAGUAAACCCGUGGAAUGAUCUGCUCGCACAGGCAGAGUUCUUGGGCUUCAAAUAGCUUUAGAAUCGAACCUGCUGUCCCUGUGCUGUGCGUGAGGUACAGGUGUCGGGUUCACUCGAGCCUUCUGGGCUCUGGAGCUACCAUGGCACCUUGAAAUGAUGAAUGCUAGUGUAUGUGGGGAAGAACUGAGUGAAUGAAGAAUGGUCUUCCUUAUUCUGGUAGAUGUGACCGUACUUGUUUGUAUUCUGCACUUUGGAAGGAAAAAACAGUGUUAAUUUCUAGUCUAAAGCAAACCUGGUAAAUGGGAGAGUUCUAGGUUGCUGUUGCUGUCCCAGUAGAUUUAGCUAAGGGAUUUUGUGUUUUGAAACUUUUUUGUGGGAUCUUUUGGAAAGCCUCACUUUAGGGUAUGAAGGGCAAAACACUCAAUGUUGCCAGCCAGCUUGGUUUCUAAAGUAAUUUUAAUGAAAUCCAGGCUCCUGAUUUUUACUUUCUCCUGUGGCCAUAAAAGUCCCAAGCCCUGAGUGACUGCUUUCUCCUUGCUUUAAGCAGUGAAGUUACCUUAAAGCAGAAAUGCUUAGUAGAACAUGAGUGGUUUACCUUUUUCUGAAGAUUGCAUUUUUGGGUUUUUUUCUGGAAUGUGAUGUCUUGAUCCUCUUAAAAGCAGACUGGUCAUGACUGAGACCCAAGGCUUAGCGGGUAUCUAUGUUGUGUUACAUCAAGGGAAGAAAAGCUACUUCUUGGUGUAACCAGCUCUCAUUUCCUGUGAGCUGUAGUUAGACUGGAACUCACUGGCUUUGAGUCAAAGCCAGUUCUACAUGGAGGGGGGACCGCGAUGCUUCAGUGUUAAAAGGCAGACAGUGAAGAGUGAAUUCCAACGUUAAAAACUGCGUGGUCAGGCUGCCAAAGUGGUCAAAUGGCAGCAUGUUCGCACAAAAAUGACAGAUCUGUUUAACCAAAGCUUUGAAAUGUGAUAAAGCCACCAACAUAAGCACGUGCUAAUGGAAGUCAGUACUGCUUCUGCUAGAAGGCCUGGGCAUCCGGGUUAAUGAGGCUCCAGGUGAAGAUCAGAACCGUGUCAACUAAUUAAAUUUCCAGUUUGUCCUGGUAGUUGUUUCUGCUUGUAUUUUUUUCCUAUCUGGUACUAGUCCUUUGAAGAUGAAGGGAAGCACAGAAUGUGCCAGAGAUUCCCAGCCCCCAAGUUCUUUACAACCGUGACACAAUGACUGUGUUGGUACAGUCUGCUCACCUGAAGUUCUUAAUCAGCCCAGCUGUUUGGGAAUUUGAGAGCAGAUGUGUGUUCUGGAAUCAUCAGGGUGAAAAUCUGUACUGACCAAAGCAGCACUUUUAAAACACCACCUGGUUUAGCGGUAUGCCAGCCUCAGAAUAGACCAGGUAACCUUGAAUUUCAGGCAUGUGGAAAUUCCAACUGAAACCUGCCUUUCAUGCUGUUCACACAAGCACCAGGUACUCUGAACUUGUACCAAGUCCAGUGGUUCCUCUUUUUUGUGUGUUGAGUAACAUGAAACUUGGCAGUGGACAAGGGCACUAAAGUUCAAGUGCAAGUUCUAAUAUAAAUUUUAGCAGUCUCAUUUGCUUCAGAACUCUGAACAGUUUUCAGAUGCUUUCUGCAAGUAUUCAACUUGUUUACCAAGCCUGCUUCUUGGCAUCAGUUUGAGCAGCAGUGACAUUUAAACAGUACCUUUUCUCCUUGUAUUGGCAGAAGGGUACAGUCUAAAUUCCUGGCCUUGAGCUUCGGUCUCAACCUUCAAUUUUACCUUGACAGUAAGACACUAUUCCUCACUCAACUUCAACUCUGAAACUAAACUCUGUAUCACUAAUGCCUUGAAUUCAGGGUUCCUGCUAACUGCGUGUGGAAUGUGGCAUGGCCCACACCACGGAGGACCUGGCUGGUAGAUGGAGAAGUUAGGUAGGAAAAAUGCUGGGUGCUUGAUAAAUGGUGACAGAUGUGGUUUGAUGUUCAAGUUUUAUUGGUUUGUUUUUCCCCAGUUUGAUUUUCUUUUUUCCCCUGAGGAUUUAAGUCACUGUGGGCUACGUAUGAACCUGUAUUUUGUGGUGGUACAUUAAGAAUCAAAUGACUAAUGCCCUGAGUCUGCUUGCCCUUCAGUGCCCCGGCUAGGGCGAGCCUCUUACCCUUGUGGUAGGUUAAGAUUUUAACUAGUACUGCUUUAACUUUUGGAAAUGGUGCCACUCAAAGCAACAUUAGAAAUACCUCCUUUCCAAUUAACUGGUACUGAUGCCUUAUUUUAGGAUGCAGCUACAUUCUGAGCUCAAACAUCCUCUUCCGGAGAAUAAAUGGUAGUUAUCCACUUGUGAGAAGAGACCCUAAUGAUCUCGGGGGUGGGGAGCAUCAUUUCCUGAGUGUCUGACUGGGGCUGUACACUAGGGAGAACCCUUCAGCUGGAUUUGACAGGUGAAAGAACUUCCAGUUGCCAAGGUUAGAUUCCUGUCUUUAAUCUGGCAGAAGCCAAAUGUCACAGCUGACUUUGGAACAAUUCCAGUUCAGC